AUGUUGGCCUCAAGACAGCUCCUGGGCUCUGUUGCCCGGAGCCGCACGGCUGCCAGUGCCAGUCUGGGACUGCGCCGUAUGGCUACCGUCUCUGACUCUCCCCUCGACCGCAAGGUCAGGCAAAACAUUCACGAGGAGAGCAAUUUCAUCAACUACAAGAAGAUGUCUGAGAACCUUGCCAUUGUGCGCAAGCGUCUCAACAAGCCCCUCACCUACGCCGAGAAGAUUCUUUACUCCCAUCUUGACAAGCCCGCCGAGCAGGAAAUCGAGCGUGGUGUCUCAUACCUGAAGCUUCGCCCCGACCGCGUUGCUUGCCAGGAUGCCACUGCCCAGAUGGCUAUUCUUCAGUUCAUGUCUGCUGGCAUGCCUUCCGUCGCUAACCCCACCACUGUCCACUGUGAUCACUUGAUCGAGGCUCAGGUCGGUGGCGAGAAGGAUCUUGCCCGUGCUGUCGGUAUCAACAAGGAGGUCUACGACUUCCUGUCCUCUGCUUGCGCCAAGUACAACAUCGGUUUCUGGAAGCCCGGCUCUGGUAUCAUCCACCAGAUCGUCCUCGAGAACUACGCUUUCCCCGGUGGUCUGCUGAUCGGAACCGACUCCCACACCCCCAAUGCUGGUGGUCUCGGCAUGUGCGCCAUCGGUGUCGGUGGUGCCGAUGCCGUCGAUGUUAUGGCCAACCUGCCCUGGGAGCUGAAGGCCCCCAAGGUUAUUGGUGUCAAGCUCACUGGUGAGAUGUCUGGCUGGACUACUCCUAAGGACAUCAUCCUCAAGGUCGCUGGUAUCCUGACCGUCAAGGGUGGAACCGGUGCUAUUGUCGAGUACCACGGCCCUGGUGUUGACCAGAUCUCUGCCACCGGUAUGGGUACCAUCUGCAACAUGGGUGCCGAGAUUGGUGCCACUACCUCCCUGUUCCCCUUCAACGACCGCAUGUACGACUACCUCGCCGCCACCAAGCGCAAGGAUAUCGGUGACUUCGCCCGCGUCUACGCCAAGGACCUCCGCGAGGAUGAGGGUGCCGAGUACGACCAGCUCAUCGAGAUCAACCUGUCCGAGCUCGAGCCCCACAUCAACGGUCCCUUCACCCCCGAUCUGGCCACUCCCAUCUCCAAGUUCUCCGAGGCUGUCAAGGCCAACAACUGGCCUGAGGAGCUCAAGGUCGGUCUGAUUGGUUCUUGCACCAACUCCUCCUACGAGGACAUGUCCCGCGCCGCCUCUAUUGCCCGUGACGCUCUCGACCACGGCAUCAAGUCCAAGGCCAUCUUCACCAUUACCCCCGGUUCCGAGCAGAUUCGUGCUACCAUCGCCCGCGAUGGUCAGCUCCAGACCUUCGAGGAGUACGGCGGUAUUGUCCUCGCCAACGCCUGCGGCCCCUGCAUUGGUCAGUGGGAUCGUCAGGACGUCAAGAAGGGCACCCCCAACUCCAUCAUCUCCUCGUACAACCGUAACUUCACCGGCCGCAACGACGGUAACCCCGCCACCCACUCCUUCGUCACCUCCCCCGACUUGGUCGUUGCCAUGACCGUCGCCGGCAGCCUCCACUUCAACCCCCUUACCGACAAGCUCAAGGACAAGGACGGCAACGAGUUCAUGCUCAAGCCUCCCUCUGGCGAUGGUCUCCCCGUCCACGGCUACGACCCCGGCCAGAACACCUACCAGGCCCCUCCCGCCGACCGCAGCACCGUCAAUGUCCAGGUUUCUCCCUCUUCCGACCGUCUUCAGGUUCUGUCUCCCUUCAACGCUUGGGAUGGUAAGGACGUCAAGAACAUCCCUAUCCUGAUCAAGGCCAAGGGAAAGACCACCACUGACCACAUUUCCAUGGCCGGUCCCUGGUUGAAGUACCGUGGCCACUUGGACAACAUCUCCAACAACAUGCUCAUCGGUGCCAUCAACGAGGCUAACGGUGAGGCCAACAAGGUCCACAACUACACCACUGGCGAGUGGGACGCUGUUCCCGCUGUCGCCCGUGACUACAAGGCCAAGGGCAUCAAGUGGGUUGUCAUUGGUGACUGGAACUACGGCGAGGGUUCUUCCCGUGAGCACGCCGCUCUUGAGCCCCGUCACCUGGGUGGUCUUGCCAUCAUCACCCGUUCCUUCGCUCGUAUCCACGAGACCAACCUGAAGAAGCAGGGCAUGCUUCCUCUCACCUUCUCCGACCCUGCCGACUACGACAAGAUCAAGCCCGAGGACAAGGUCGACAUCCUUGCCACCGAGCUCGAGGUUGGCAAGCCUCUGACCAUGGUCGUCCACCCUGCCGACGGCAGCGCCGACUUUGAGAUCAAGCUCUCCCACACCUUCAACGCCCCCCAGAUUGAGUGGUUCAAGAACGGUUCCGCUCUGAACACCAUGGCCAAGGCCGCUGCCGCUGCCAGGUCAUAA